AUGUUUAAGUUAAUAAGUUUAGCUGCUCUCGUAGCUGUAGCCACAGCUAAACCCAGUGUUUAUGGAGAAGCAGUUGUUCCAUUACCAGUUCACGCUGAACCACUUCACGUACCAGCCGUUGUUAGUACUUCAUUCCGUAAAGAUGUCAUCCACAAGCCUAUUGUGACUUCGUACACUGCCCCAGCCGUUGUAGGCCAUAGAGCAGUUGUUGAGAAAGUGCCAUUGCCAGUACCAGUCUUAGAAAAAUCUUUUGUCCAGCCAGCUCCAAUUGUGCAAAGAGCAUUAGUGCAACCUGGUCUUGCUCAUGGUUAUUCUGAAUAUGUAGCUCCUGCACAUUAUAACCCACUUCCACUGGACCCAUUGAGAUUGGCCCCACAUUAUAGAGGAAAUUAUUUAUGGUGAUAAACAAACGCUAUCACAUUUUGUUGGUUUUAUUAAAAUAAAUACAAAUUAAAAAAUA